AUGGAUUAAGAAUUAAUAAUCAGCCCAAAUGAUAAAAAAUAAUAUUCUUUAACAACACUUCCAAACCAAUUAGAAUGUCUAAUAAUAUCAGAUCCAAAUACAAAAAUAUCUGGAGCAUGUUUAGAAAUAUGUGUAGGAUGGCUUGAUGAUCCAAAAGAAUAUUAAGGCAUAGCUCAUUUUUGUGAGCAUAUGCUUUUUAUGGGAUCUGAAAAAUAUCCAACCUAAAAUGAUUAUACCUCCUUUAUCUAAUUGAAUUCAGGAUCAUACAAUGCAUCAACUUGGCUUCAAAGAACAAAGUACCAUUUCAGUAUUUAGAAUGAUGCCUUUGUUGGAGGUUUAGAUAGAUUUGCAUAAUUUUUUAUAUGUCCUCUUUUUGAUAGUAGUUGUAUCGAAAGAGAAAUGAAUGCAGUGGAAAGUGAAUUCAAUUUGUCCUUAGCUGAUGAUCAAUCAAGACUAUGGGAAAUCUUUGUUCAAUAAAGUGAUCCCGAAUCUACCUUUAAUCGUUUUGGCUGCGGUAAUCUACUUACUUUAAAUAAACCUGACAUAAGAGAUCAGUUGUUAGCAUUUUAUGAUAAAUAUUACUGUUCCUCCUUAAUGAAAUUAGUUGUUUACACGGAUAAAAGUAUCCAGGAAGUUGGAUAAAUAGUUCACGAUAUUUUUUCUUUGGUCCCAAAUAAGGGUCGAAAUAAGCCAUUACAUCUUGAUAACCCUUUCAGAGGAUAAUUUCCUAAAGUUGAUGUAGUUGGAAUCAAAUAAGAAGAUUAUCUAUUCUUGAACUUUGUCAUUCCUAAUUAUGAGGACAAAUAUUUAGGACAACCAGAAAGCUAUAUUACUCAUGUCUUAGGACAUGAAGGCUAAAACUCAUUGGCUUCUUUUCUUAAAGAUGAAGGGCUUGUCACUGAAUUAAUCGUUGGAUCUCAAAGGCUAAAUGAUAAGGUCUCAGAGAUUUAUUUAGAAAUCGUUUUGACAGAGGAAGGAUUCCAAUCAUACGAAAAAGUCAUAGCCUUUGUGUUCAAAUAGAUUGAGAAAAUCAAGGAAAAAGGAGUCAAAAAGGAAAUCUUUGAUGAACUUGCCUAAAUUAAGCAUCUUGAAUUCAAAUUUAAGGAAAACACAUCCUCUGUUUUAGAAUACAUUGAAAAACUCAGUGAAAACAUGCACAAAUACCCUAAAAAUCAUAUUAUUUAUGGAGAAUAUGCUUAUGAAAAGUAUGAUCCUUAAUCUAUUAAUGAAAUACUCAAAUAUCUUAAUCCAAAUAAUAUGAUUAUUUUCCUCAGAAGCCCAAACUUUGCUGAUGAAAAAGAUAAUGAAGAUUUCAUUACUGAGCCCUUCUGUAAAACUAGGUAUAGAAAAUAGUAAAUUUCAAAUUCGAUCUUUUAAAUUAUUAAAAAUUGCAAUAAUUUAAAGGGAGUCAAAACACAAAAAAUAAUUGAUAUUUUCCCUCCAAACCUAUAUCUCCCACAAAAUUUUGAUAUAAUUAAAGAGACUGAUGAUAAUGAAUACCCAGUUAAGAUCUUUGAAAAUGAUUAUAUCAGAUGCUUCUAUUUGAAAGAUAAUCAAUUUCCUAUAUGCAAAGGUUCUUACGGGAUUUAAUUGUUUCCAAAUUAAGAUUUUGUGACAGAUGAAAAUGAAAGGGUUUUAUUUGAUCUAUGGUCAAAUAUAUUCUAUUCUUAAUUUGAAGAAACUCUAUACAAUGCAGAAUGUGCAGGAAUCUCAUACAAUCUAGAUUCAGCCUAUAACUGUGUUUCUUUUAAAGUACAUGGAUUUAAUGAUAGCAUUUUAAGAUUUUACAAAGAUUUUAUUCAAUAUUUAUUAGAUUUUCACAAAUAACCAAAAAAUUAUGUUAAGAAACAUAUAUUUCAUGUUCAAAAGGAUGAUUUGGAAGAUAGAUAUGAGAAUUAUUUUAUGAAAAGCCCAUAUGAUUUAAAUUCUAGUUAUUGGAAAUGCAUGGUUUAUAAAACAGGAAAGUUUAUGAAAGAAUAAUUGACUGAAGUUGAAAUCAAAAUGAAUGAUUUCAUCUCUUUCACUGAAAAACUAUUCAAAACUGUAAGAAUGCAAAUAUAUAUUCAUGGCAACAUCUCAAAAGACACUGCCUUGAAUUUGUGUUAAAUUACCCACGAUCUAUUUUCUGAAUUUUCAUAACCCAACAAAUCGAUACAACCUUUGUAAAUAAUGAAGAUUCAAAAAAAUUAAACUUUUAAAUUUGAGAAACUAAUUACAGAAAAUCCUGAUGAACCUAAUUCAGGCUUGAGGAUAUCAUAUUAAGGAGACUAAUCGCUUGAUCCUACUCUUCUUUUAUAUUUUGAUUUGCUCAAUUCAAUCAUUUCUGAUCCAUUUGAAAAUUAACUUAGAACAAAUGAGUAGCUUGGAUAUGUAGUCUAUACAAAUAAAAGCAAUAGAAGAGGAAUACAUUUCUUUAAUUUUAUUAUCAUAUCAGAAACUAAGUCAACCAAAUAUAUUGCUAACCGUAUUGACACUUUUCUAUAAGACUUUUUAGCUAAAGAUUUAGCUGAAUUUAAUGAAGAGAAAUUUGAAAAGGUCAAACUGAGUUAUUAUAAAGACUAAUCAUAGGAUUUUUAAAAUAUGAAUGAAAAAUUCAAAGAUUUUUGGAAUGAGAUUUUGAUUAACUAAUAUGAUUUCGAUAAAAAAUAAAAACUAAAAGAGAGAAUAGAUUCAAUAACUCAUGAAAAAUUCUUAACCUUUGUUCAAAAUCUAUUUAAGGACUCAAAGAGACUAGAAAUUCAUAUUGUUAAUAAAAGGCAUUUAGAUUGGGAAUUAGAACAUGAAGAAAAAAUAACUGAAUGUGAAUGGUACAAUGAUUUAUUUUAAUUAAAUUGA